CCCCAAUACACUUUUAUUUAUUAAAAAUUCCUUUUUUCUUUCUUCUAUAAAGAAUCACUCUCUUUUCAAUAUUUGUCCUCUUCCACCUUUCUAUUCACUUUAUAGGCUUCGCGUUUCCUCUGUUUCUGAUUCCAUUGUGUGUUCGACUUGGUCGGUGGCGUUUUCUUUAAACAAUGGUCAUGGCUGAGAGUUUGGAUGACAACGAGUUUUGGCUUCCUCCUCAGUUUCUUGCUGAUGAUGAUAACAUGUUACACCAAAAUGACCAAAACUGCUGCUUGGAUGAAUCAUUGGAGGGUUCAAGCGAGACGUUAAGAGACGAGGAGGAUUCUGUCUCUGGUUUGAUUCUUCGUAUGCCUCGCUUCACCAUUGAUGACAUAUUGGUUUUGUCUGGAUCACCACAAUCCACUCUGUGUGAUAUGGAGAGUGGAAGUAGCUGUAGUCAAGUUUCUAGUCGUGGAAGUCCAAAAGCUAAUUCUAAGGCUCAAUCUCCUCCGCCUUCAAGGGAUUUGUUGCAUGCGGUUGCAGAGGAAGUUGCGAGGAUGCGAAUCAAUGAGAGCCAUGGGGGGUUUCUUCAUCAAAACAGAGGAACAUCUCAAGUCUUUGUUCCGGUGAAAAACCCGACGACUGGUACCGGAUUCUACCUGAAGUUGCAUGGUCCGCAAAACUUGACUGUUGAUGAGCAGAUAAAUUCUCAUGAGAUGGUUCAAAAUGGAAUGAGUGACUACAACAGAUUGUCCUCAUCGGCGUGGCUUCCACCGCCACAGGGCUCUAGAACUGAAGGAGGCAAAAGAGAAAUCGCUGGAACUGGUGUAUUUUUGCCUCGACAUUCCAACGCAGAAGCUGAGGAACGCCGAAAGCAGCCAGCGUGUUCAACGGUGUUGGUUCCUGCAAAAGUAAUGAAAGCUUUGAAUCUUAAGCUUGACGACAUUUGCAAUAAUCCCCAUUUUGAACCCGUCGACGGUGGACGAUUCAAUUCAGACAACGAUGUUCUAUUGAGGAUGCAAACCAACCAUGGUGGAAAUUAUCAAAAACGAAACACCCGUCGAGAGCCAUCAACGGACCAGGAAAUCAAGCUUCCCCAAGAAUGGAUUUAUUGAAAUGAUUUAAGAGUUGCGGAAUUUUAUGAAAUUUAGUAAGUUGAAGUUAGAUGGGAGAAAAAUAAAAAGAAUAAGAAUUUUGGCAUUCUAAUGUGGACGAGAAUUGCUAGGGAUAGCUAGCGACUAUAAUGUACACAUCAAGAUUUUUUGUUCUUUGUUGGGUGAGGGAUUAUGGUCAGUCACUCAUAGUUAUGAUCAAGAGUGGAUGGGAAAAUAAGUGUAUUUUUCAUCUCUUAUUGUGUCAAUAAAUUGUUAUAUAUUCUAUAAACAACAAUAUUGGGUAUAGGCA